GCUGAUGUGGAUGCCAUCCAUAUUGUAACUAUAACGUUGAUUUUCUUGCAGCCCGUGGAGGAUUGUCGAUGACUGUGGUGGGGCUUUCACAAUGGGGCUCAUUGGAGGGGGUGUCUUUCAAGCAAUUAAAGGAUUCAGGAAUGCCCCCGUGGUGAGUGUUUUGUAUGUUUUGAUAGGUGGAUACAUAUUUGAGUUUUUACAGCUGCAAGUUUAGCACAACAUAGAAACAUAAAAUGUGACAGCAGAUAAGAACCAUUUGGCCCAUCUAGUCUGCACAAUUUUCUAAAUACUUUCAUUAGUCCCUGGCUAUCUUAUAGUUAGGAUAGCCUUAUGCCUAUCCCACGCAUGCUUAAACUCCUUUACUGUGUUAACCUCUACCACUUCAGCUGGAAGGCUAUUCCAUGCAUCCACUACCCUCUCAGGAAAGUAAUACUUCCUGAUAUUAUUUUUAAACCUUUGUCCCUCUAAUUUAAGGCUAUGUCCUCUUGUUGUGGUAGUUUUUCGUCUUUUAAAUAUAGUCUCCUCCUUUACUGUGUUGAUUCCCUUUGUAUAUUUAAAUGUUUCUAUCAUAUCCCCCCUGUCUCGUCUUUCCUCCAAGCUAUACAUGUUAAUAUCCUUUAACCUUUUCUGGUAAGUUUUAUCCUGCAAUCCAUGAACCAGUUUAGUAGCCCUUCUCUGAACUCUCUCUAAGGUAUCAAUAUCCUUCUGAAGAUACGGUCUCCAGUACUGUGUACAAUACUCCAAGUGAGGUCUCACCAGUGUUCUGUACAAUGGCAUGAGUACUUCCGUCUUUCUAAUACCUCUCCCUAUACAACCAAACAUUCUGCUAGCAUUUCCUGCUGCUCUAUUACAUUGUCUGCCUACCUUUAUGUAAACCCAUGUUGUCUCUGAUCUUGAAAUCCAUGUGUUUUUAGAUGUUCAACAAUCCUAUCCUUUAACAUGGUUUCCAUUACUUUCCCCACUACUGAAGUAAGGCUUACUGGCCUAUAGUUGCCCGACUCCUCCUUACUACCUUUCUUGUGAAUGGGCACAACAUUCGCUAACUUCCAAUCUUCUGGGACUACUCCUGUUAACAAUGAUUGGUUAAAUAAAUCUGUUAAUGGUUUUGCUAGUACACCACUAAGCUCUUUUAAUAACUUUGGGUGUAUUCCAUCAGGCCCCAUUGACUUAUUUGUCUUUACGUUUGACAGUUGAAAUAGAACCUCUUCCUCUGUAAACUCACAUGUAAUAAAUGACUCAUUUGUUCUUUUUCCUAACUGAGGUCCCUUUCCUUCAUUUUAAUCUGUAAAUACUGAACAAAAAUAUUAAUUGAGGCAGUCAGCUAGACCUUUAUCCUCUUCCUUUAUCUACCUUCCUUCUUUUGUUUUUAAUCUAACUAAUCCUGGUUUUACUUUCCUUUUCCCAUUUAUGUAUCAAAAAAAAGUUUUGUCCCCUUUUUUUACUGACUGUGGUCUGUACAUGCACAGAAUCCUGUACGUAUGAGUGAUGUAUGCAGAUAUUUAUUUAUAAAAUAUUUUACCAUAUCGGGGAAGGAUAGGUAUAAUGUCCCCAAUUAGAUAGACUGCUGUGUGUACCAUGUUUACAGCCCUCACUAUUAUUUGUUUGGAUGGAGUGAUACGUUUAACGUGUUUAUAACUCUGGUUUCUGUUGGGUUGGAUGGAGUGUUACGUGUACCGUGGUUACAGCUCUGGUUCUGUUGGUUUACCCACAUGGGGGCAGAGGUUGUAUGUACUGGAUUUUACAUUGCAUGUUUUGCCAUUUAGGGAAUCAAUUACCGUCUCAGAGGAAGUAUGAAUGCAGUGAGGAUCCGUGCUCCGCAGAUUGGGGGUGAGUUUUUAGGAUUCUCAUCAUUUGCUGGUUCUCCCGCUUCAAGCAAUCUAUUAACCUUCUGUUUCCCACAGGUAGCUUUGCAGUUUGGGGCGGUUUAUUCUCGACAAUUGACUGCGGUUUAGUGCGAAUACGAGGGAAGGAGGAUCCAUGGAAUUCUAUCACUAGCGGAGCAUUGACUGGCGCCGUGCUGGCUUCUCGCAGUAAGAAUCUCCUCUCAUUAAUGGAGGGAGUGACUGAUUCAAUUCUAAAUGUUGGAUCACCCCAUUUAUAACAGAAGACGGCAGGCGUGACCCUUCAUCAUUCACAUUACUCUGCAAGAUGUGUUUGUGACCGCACAACAGACUUGAAUACUUAAAGGGUUACUCCAAACACCAUAGCCAUGUCAGCGUUUUGAAGUGGUCAUGGUGGUAGGAGCCCAGAUGUUCAGUGUUUCAGUUGAACAUACAGACAUAUUGGCAAUUGUGUUGCACCCCAGCACAUGUGACAGCCUGGAACUCUGUUCCAAGAAAUAGCGGAAUUAGGGGCACGUCUGGUACAUGCUUUUCUCAGGAAUUGUGCUGCAGUGGAGACCAAAAUGUAUACAUAAUACAGAUAAAGGAACCGCACACAUACAAAUAUGAGGGGUAGUGGUGGGCUUAACACAAUCUGGCCAUAUGGUGGAACUGAACCCCUAUGUUUAUUUGUUUGAGACAGGCUAUUUUAUAUGGCCAUGUAGAAAUUAAAAUUAUAUGCCGAGGUAGUAGGGACAGACCUACUCUAAGAAGUUCUUGGUUUGGGGGGCUGCAAUGGAAUUUUUUUGGGGGGGCUAAUUAACUCCUUCCUCUUUAGUCUAAGAUUCCAUACUUAACCUCUGGUUAUUACUGAUUUUUCUGUCAGAUUGCUGGGACAGCGCACAGUUUAGGCUUAGACCGGACUAGUGGAUAAGCUGAUGUUGUAUUACCUAGCUGGACAUUGAUAGGUAUUUGUGUGUGUGUGGAUAUACAUACACUAUAUAUAUAUAUAUAUAUAUAUAUAUAUAUACCUUUUUCUGUCUCCCUCUCUCAGUCCUGUUUUAUAUUCCUGUUUCCCAUUAGGACUAUUAAAGGUAGGGCUCCCCUUCCCCUCUUUCAAUGUUAACUCUCCCACUCUCGCUUAUACAGCUUAUCCUAGGUUAUUCCCCAAUUUCAGGGGAGAGUAACAUAGGGCAUCCUUUGGUACCGAUCCACUAGCCCCCCAUUACCCUGGGACUCUCGGAUCAGCACCUUUCUCCUUACAAAUUUUCUUUUAAAAUUAUAUUUGUAUGUGUGCGCUGUUCCUUAAUCUGUAAUAUUUGGGCUGCCUAAUGUCAAUUGUGCUUUUUUUUUUUAAUGUCUUUUGUCAGCGUGCAUAGCAGGCUGUCAACAAACGUUCCACCUUGCAGUCUGCCCUCUCACACUAAAUGCAGCCCUCCCUGUCUCCUUAUCAUAUUUGGUAUAUUUUUGUGUUCCCCUCCCUUCACUGGCUCAGAGUGCAUGAAUGUGCGCUGAGCCAUUGAAACAUUUGGUUGCACCUCGGCGCGACUCCGGUGAUUUUGAGAUGGGUGGGGGAUCGUUGGAUUAACGUAAGUAAUAACUUCUUUUUUUAGUCUUUAUUUUGGAUGGAAACGACAGAAUAACGCCAGUAGUGCAUUAUUUUAGCCCCACAGGUAUAUAGAUCAGGUCCCUGCAGUAUCACUGCUCUCUCUGCCUUUGAGGAGUUCAAUCACUUUGUUUAUACAAAGCCACUUCAUUAAGCCAAAGUUGUUUUCAUGCCUAUAGUAUCCUUUUAAGCUAACAUAGUAAAAUAGUGAUGCUAAAACACUGAUUGUCCCCUCUUCCCUCCCCCCUAACUAUUUGGUCGUCAGUAACGCAUUGUUUUGUGGAUAAAUCACUAUGUAAAAGGGGGAAUUAAUGGAGUUAGAAUGUACCUUAGAGAGAGCAUCCUCGGAUCUGCACCGUUAUUAAACCUUCAUUAAGACCACCCAUAUCUUGUAUUUCAGGUGGUCCCCUUGCCAUGGCAGGUUCUGCGCUAAUGGGUGGUGUUCUAUUGGCUCUCAUUGAAGGAGUUGGAAUUCUGCUCACCCGUUACACAGCACAGCAGUUUCAAAACCGUGAGUAAACUACUGCUCUAUCCCAGCCGUCUGACAGAACUGCCCCCACCCCCAAUCUGGUGCCAACUCUCCUAUCCCAGCCAUCUGGCAGAACUGCCCUCACCCCGCUCUGCCAACUCCCGUAUCCGGGGUAUUCACUCUUUACUUCUCACCCCUCUCUGCCAACCCCCCUAUGUGGGGUAUUCACUCUGUACUUCUCACCCCUCUCUGCCAAUUUCCCUAUCCAGGGUAUUCACACUGUACUUCUAAUCCCUCUCUGCCACUCCCCUAUCCGGGGUAUUCACACUGUACUUCUCACCCCGCUCUGCCCUCUCCCCUAUCCAGGGUAUUUACACUGUACUUCUCACCCCGCUCUGCCAACUCCCCUAUUCAGGGUUUUUACACUGUACGACUCACCCGUCUCUGGCAACUCCCCUAUUCAGGGUUUUUACACUGUACGACUCACCCCUCUCUGGCAACUCCCCUAUCCGGGGAAUUCACUCUGUACUUUUCACCUCGCUCUGCCAACUCCCCUAUCCAGGGUAUUCACACUGUACUUCUGUAACGGACCGUUUUGCACACAAGGGGUAAAAACCGUUUAGGCGAUCGGCCCCCUUUCCAGAGAUACAGGCACAGCUACUGCAGAACACCAAACUCCUGAACUGGAUACAAAAUAGCACUCCAACUCCCGAACUGGAACCUCCCAAAUAGCUGCUAGCAGACGAACAGGAAAAGCAGGCAAUCAUCUUACACUCCUGGCAAUCAGUCUCUAACAGCAUACAGUGACUCCCCCCAAGAACGAGACAAGGCUCCGUGUUGAGGGUCAAGCAGUGGUCUGAGGUGCUGGCACACCCAGCCUGGUUUUUAUUACAGUCUUUUCAAAUACAGGACCGCCCACAGGGAGGUAUAAAACAACCAAUCACAUAUCAGUUACAUCCCACAUAUUCCCUCCCCUUAUCCUGAGAGGAAACUCAAUUACACAUACAGUUAAAACAUACUUUCUACCCAACUUUCAUAACUCUAAAACCAUACAUCACAUUCACAUAAAAUUACAUAUUCACAAUCAAUCCAUUCAGGGGAACAACAUAUUAAAAAAUGGCAUGAAUCAGACCAGUGGUUCAAAAGUUAGUAAAAGUAUAUUUUGGGCCCUGGCUGGCACAUGGAUAUCUGGCUCAAACAGGUUUUACAGAGCCCUCUAUCCUGAGACAAUGGGGAAAGUAAUCCAAUUAUCCAGGGAUAGAGGCAGACUCCAUUGAGCACAUGGUUGCAAAAAGACAAAACACUUUAAAAUACAUAAAGUCACCUUUUACACAUAACACACAGACAUUUCACAUAUCCCCAGAUAGCUGGGAUCUGAGCGCACAAAACUACCGAAUGGCGCUCAGAUCCUAUUCAUACAGUUCAAUUGCCAUGGAGCCGAAGUCUUUAACUACACGAAUGGGCUCCAUGGCAUAGCUAUCUGGGUUAACACAUUCACAUAAAGUCUGGUCCAUAGUCCAAAGGCAGCAGGCGGGCAGCCAGGCUUCUCCAAUGCAAUAUGGCGAGAUUGGUCUCGUCACAACUUCUUACCCCGCUCUGCCCACUCCCCUAUCCGGGGUAUUUACACUGUACUUCUCACCCCGCUCUGCCCACUCCCCUAUCUGGGGUAUUCACUCUGUACUUCUCACCCCGCUCUGCCCAGUCCCCUAUCCGGGGUAUUCACUCUGUACUUCUCACCCCGCUCUGCCCACUCCCCUAUCCGGGGUAUUUACACUGUACUUUUCACCCCGCUCUGCCCACUCCCCUAUCCGGGGUAUUCACUCUGUACUUCUCACCCCGCUCUGCCCACUCCCCUAUCCGGGGUAUUUACACUGUACUUCUCACCCCGCUCUGCCAACUCCCUUAUCCAGGGUUUUUACACUGUACUUCUCACCCCUCUCUGCCCACUCCACUAUCCGGGGUAUUCACUCUGUACUUCUCAUCCCGCACUGCCCACUCCCCUAUCCAGGGUAUUUACUCUGUACUUCUCACCACGCUCUGCCAACUCCCUUAUCCGGGGUAUUUACUCUGUACUUCUCACCCUACUCUGCCAACUCCCCUAUCCGGGGUAUUUACACUGUACUUCUCACCCUGCUCUGCCAACUCCCCUAUCCGGGGUAUUCACUCUGUACUUCUCACCCUGCUCUGCCAACUCCCCUAUCCGGGGUAUUCACUCUGUACUUCUCCUCCCCCAAGCUGGUGUAGCUGUCCUGCCUCAAAUUUGCAGGAUAAGUGAAUUGAGAUUGUUUUGUGAUGCUGAUCUUCGUGUCGUUUAUAAUGCACACAAUAUCUUUACAACAGCAGACAGUAGCUUUACUGCAACUCCCACUAUCCUGUCCCUGCAAGAUUCCCCCCUCCCCCAGCAUGGAUUAUCAGCAUACCUACUUUCUGACGUAUUAUCCAGGCCUGAAAUUUUAUUAAUACACAAGCAAUGUCUGCCCUGCCAAACGCUCUCAAUAUUCCCCGUGCAUAAUCCAUGGGUGGGUGCUGUGACAUUGACAGACGGACUGUGGAAAGCUGCGGUUUGUGUUACAGGGCUAUAUUGGUUCUUAAUUUUUAUUUUCAUUUUUCAUACAGCAAGCCCUUUUGGAGAGGAUCCAAGCUACGUACCACAGUGACAACGUGAAGAACUUCCCACAACUGUCUACGGGCUACAGGAGCCCAUUGUAUAUAGAAACCCACCUGUCUGUUCCUCUGUCUCUCUAUAUUGGCUGAAUAAAGUUAUAUUGUAAUGCUGCUCUCUCUGUAUGUCUGUGUCAAUGGGUUUAUGUGAUCAGCUUUGUGAGAGGCCCAUUAGACAAAGGAUAGGACUGAAGAUAAUGUCAC